CUAAUUUCACUGUACCCACGUUACUGUUUCUAAAGGGUGUGCAAGCAAGUUCAAGUUUAGCCGGUGAUAACAUAACUCCAGUGCCACCACCUUCCCGUGGAUGCAGAAGUGGCAAAUACGUUCUUCUGUUUUUUUAAUUUCUAAUCUUUGAAGUUUUGGUCAUCAAAGUCGUCGCCAAAUUCCACCUAACCAACGCCACGAGAUUACGAGACUCAGAUCCAUUUCUCUCUCCUCUCAUCAAUGGCGAUCAACCCAAACCCUUCCCCCUAAAAUCUCACUCUCCGAAAUGCCAUGCUUGCUCCUCCCCCCCACCUAACCCCACUUUCUCCAAUCCAUCUGGGCAUUCCCCAAACCGCAAAAAGCCAUGGUCUUUGCCAAAAUCGCAUCACUCGUCGCCCCCAAUUCACAUUCCCUCCCCCACCCUCUCUCUCUCCAGGAUCUCUCCUCCUACUGCCACCUCGAACCACCCCUCCACGGCGGAGCCACCACCAUUACCACCUCUUCACGCCACAAAUGCCUCAGACUCUCACUCUACCUCGCCUCCUUCCUCUUCCUAACCUACCUCCUCUUCCUCCUACUCUACUCCUACUGGAACCACGGCUCCGCCAAGUACUACGUUGUCCUCGACUGCGGCAGCACCGGCACCCGCGUCUACGUCUACCGCGCCUCCGUCCGCUUCAACCGCCACACCACUCUCCCAAUCGCCGUCACCUCAUUGAGAAACGCCUCGCCCAAGAAUAAUAAGAAGAAGCCGCCUACCGGCCGCGCCUAUGAUCGAAUCGAAACCGAACCCGGAAUCGAUAAACUAGUAAACAACGUGUCUGGUUUGAACAAUGCAUUGAAACCUUUGCUGAGGUGGGCCAAGAAGCAGAUACCAGUGCGUGCUCACAGGUCCACUUUUUUGUUCCUUUAUGCCACUGCUGGUGUUAGGAGGCUUCCUGUUAGUGAUUCUCGGUGGCUGCUUGAUAAUGCUUGGUCUGUGCUUAAAGACUCUCCCUUUGUGUGUCAAAGGAAUUGGGUUAAGAUUAUUUCUGGUCCUGAAGAGGCUUAUUUUGGGUGGAUAGCUCUUAAUUAUGAUAGUGGCAUUUUGGGGGUUAGGCCUAGGAAGGCUACUUAUGGUGCCCUUGACUUGGGUGGCUCUUCCCUGCAGGUCACGUUUGAGAGUGAUCAGCAGCUUAAUAGUGAGACUAGUUUGUAUGUUAGGAUUGGAUCUGUGAGCCAUCAUCUUACCGCAUAUUCGCUACCAGGGUAUGGACUCAACGAGGCAUUUGGGAAGUCUGUGGUGUAUCUAUUUAGGAAGGAGUUUGGAUCGGGUAAUGUGGAUGUGGGUAGUGGUGGGAAUGCUGAGUUGAAACAUCCUUGCUUGCAGGAUGGGUAUAGGGAGGAAUACUCAUGUUCUCGUUGUUCAUCUAGUAAGAAAGGUGGGAAUGGAGGGUUGGGAGGAACUCAAUUGGUGCUUGUUGGUGCUCCCAAUUGGGGGGAGUGCAGCGCCCUCGCUAAAGUUGCUGUGAAUUUGUCUGAAUGGACUGAUCUUGGUGCCGGGCUUGAUUGUGGAGCGCAGCCUUGCGCUUUGGGUGAUAAUCUGCCUCACCCGUAUGGACACUUUUAUGUGAUUUCUGGAUUUUAUGUUGUGUAUAGGUUUUUCAACUUGACUUCUGAGGCCACGCUUGAUGAUGUGCUGGCAAAGGGUAAGGGUUUUUGUGAGAAGAGGUGGGAUGUUGCAAAGAGAAGUGUUGCUCCGCAGCCCUUUAUUGAGCAGUACUGCUUCAGGGCACCCUAUAUUGCCUCUCUGCUGAGGGAGGGUUUGCACAUUAAUGAUAACCAGAUAACUGUUGGCUCUGGAAAUAUCACUUGGACGCUUGGUGUUGCCUUGUUGGAAGCUGGAAAGGCGUUUUCCACUAGAUUUGGGCUUCGUGACUUGGAGUUUUUCCAGAUGAAGAUAAAUCCUCUUGUUCUUGUGCCCAUUUUGUUGCUUUCUUUUAUUCUACUUCUUUGUGCUUUAUCAUGUGUUGGCAAUUGGAUGCCAAGGUUUUUCCGGAGGCAAUAUCUUCCCAUUUCCAGGCAUAACAGUGUUACUGGUGCUUCUGUUCUUAACAUACCAUCUCCUUUUCGGUUCCAGCGAUGGAGUCCAAUGUACUCUGGGGAUGGAAGACUAAAGAUGCCUCUGAGCCCAAAAAUUGCAAGUUCACAACAAAGCCAAUUUGGUCUAGGGCAUAGUCUUGAUGACAACAGUGGUGGCAUCGAGCUUAUGGAGUCUUCAUUGUACCCAUCAGCUAAUAAUGUCUCUCAUAGUUAUUCCUCAAACAAUUUAGGGCAGAUGCAGUUUGACAGUGGCAACAUGGGUGCUUUCUGGUCCCCACAUAGAAGUCAGAUGCGUCUGCAGAGUAGGAGAUCACAGUCUCGAGAAGACCUGAAUUCCUCAUUGGCUGAAGUUCAUCUGAUGAAGCCGUGAAGGUUUUCAUGAUUGGUUGUGAGUUGUUGGCCAAUAAAAUUGCAGUGCCCAAGAUGAAUUUUUUCAUGGCAUUGAGUCUAAACAUCUUGCCAUUGUACUGUCAUCAGUAAUGAUGCUUCUACUAGCUAAAGGGGUAUCUCAGUCUUUCUAAUGUUUUUUUGUCCACCCUCAAACUGAAACUUCUGAAAGAUAUAUAUCUGUCCUAGCAUUUCAGAUAUUUUUGUCAUGGAGAUACUGUAGCUAAAGGUGAAGCCAGAUCAAUUGAUUCCAAAUGAAUUUGCAUCUCCUGGAGAUCACUUCUAAACUGGAUUGCUCCACCAGUUGCAUAGCACAAACAAGCACUCUUAAUCUUGGUAUCGGCUCAUCUGAAUUACUCUCCAUAGUGUCUUCUUGAUGUCUCCAUGUUCUGCCUCAGCGGUUUAGUUUUUCUGGUGCCACUAAGCCUUCAGAAGUUAAGUCGAGCAUCAAAGACUAACAAGCACAACAAAGGAUUUGCUUCAUAACAUUGAGACUGUUCUUAUACCAUUCUUUAGAAAAGAUGCUUCAUUAACUACAUUACUACAGAGAAUGCCUUAUUGUUUCAUAGGUGACUCAUGAUGAGUUGGAAAAUCAAUUAGAAAAGAUGAACAUCACGGAGAAGUUGUAACAUAGCACAAUCCCUCACCCUCUUAUACGUUAAAAAAGCUACUGAAUUGACUUCACAUGUUGCGAGUUACUGAAUUGAGUUCACAAAAAUGUAUUUCGUGCUAUUUACUAGGUGUUUAAACAA